AUGACCACCUCAAGUUCUUCUCCUUCCAUACCACCCUUCCCGACCAUAGCAACAAAGGCCUCCUCCACCGCUCAGUCGUCUCAACUGACUGCUGUCGCUGACAGCAAGGCCAUUUCAGGCCCUCGGUCCACCUCUCGAGCCCCCCCGACCACCAGCAGAGCCCGUCAAGAUGCUGUGGCUCCAGACCCUACCUCGGAAAGAGCAACUUUGUCCUUGAUCAGAAGGACUUUGGUGGCAGAUGGAAGCCAUGGAUCGGAUCGGAGAGUCUCACCGGCACCAAUUGAGGGCGACCUUCCGCCACUUACCAGUUCCAAUGAGGUAGAUAUCCAGCUUUAUGCAGUCGUUGCCAUAGUCAUUAAGGACUUUGUCAACUCUUGGUACUCCAAGAUCACGCCGGACAGAGCAUUUGUGGAUGAGGUCAUUCAGAUUAUUGCUCAUUGCAGUCGCGCGCUGGAACAGAGGAUACGGCAGAUUGACAUCACGGAAUUGAUACUGGACGAGUUGCCUGUGUUGGUUGAGAGACAUAUUGCUGCCUACAGGACGGCCACUACCGCUCAGGCUGCUCUGCAAUACGGCGAAAAUCCCCGACGAGUCUAUCACGCCCUGAACCCACAUCCAGCCCUCGACCCUUCCCUCCCGCAAGAGCAGCAACGAGCCCACGAGUCUGCCUACCAACAACUUCUUGUUCAGGGGGCAUUGGCCGUCCUCCUACCAACCGAGGACCUAGCAAAUGCAUGUCUCAGAACAUUGGUGAGCGAUAUCAUCUCCGACCUCAUCCUCGGACAGGCACUGGCGCAGAAAGUCUGUGAGCCGUGGUUCCUGCACGGGACUGUCUCGAGGGUUGUGGAGAUAGUGACAUCGCCUCCCACGCAUACGUCUCCUGCCAAUGCCGUCGAUGACCAGAAAAUCCUUCAGCCAGACGGCCGCCAAAGCCGUCUGGAGCAGUUUGGCCUAUUAACUUCCAAUACGGCCACUCCAGAGAGUUAUUCGUCAGACCGGCACCAAUCAUCUCUUAGUGCGUGGUUCUGGAGACUGCUUCAGUACGCCUUCAUCGCAUACCAGUUGGCGCGGUUCAUCCUCGUCGGCCUGGCUUACGCGCACCAUCUACCCCGGAGAACCCGGCAUCAUCAUCAUCAUCAUGUCCUCGACAGCUCCACUUCAUCGCCGUCCAAAGACAAGUCGCCCGUCUCAUCGACACGGCAAAUAUCAGACCCCGAUCAUCGAUCCCCGCGAGCAGUGAUCCAUUACAGGCUGUUCUCCUGCAUGUCUAGCAUGCUCGAUUUGACCGUCCGCAUGCCUUGGCUGGUAGGCUCGUUAGGGUUGUGGCAGCACAUUCUGAGCGCGGGCCCGGGCAAGUACGGUGCUGCAAAUUCCACGCUGGACAAGUUCCUCUAUCACACAAUCUCGACCCGCCUCUUCUCACCGGCACUGAUCCCACCUCUCCUACUGCAGAUCCGCGUCCUCAUCUUUCCCAACAACACUCUAGGCCCACCUCCACCGCCUCCUCCCUCUGUAGAAGAGGCACGCAAGAUCCGCUCCAAGGCCGCCUCCGACAUUCUCUCCUUGGUCCCUAGAACUGUGGGCAAGACGUUCUUCGCCGUCAGCAACGCCAAGAACGCGGAAGAUGAGGAGAUCAAAAUGCGGAUAGAGGUCGAGGAGAGGCUAUUGGGGUGGACAGACGAUGUUGAGAUGAACAAGUACCUUGUCUAUGCCAUUUUGGAGCACGUUCUCCUGAAGCUUGUGCCAGAAAUGAAAGAUAAGACGCCCUCUGAGCUUUUGGCUGAAAGAGGCGUGGAUCUAGUUGCAUCCAAGGAGGCGGGAAAGGAUGAGGAGUGGCCUAAUGGUAAUGGAGCUUGA